AUGCUCCCGGUGUCACAAUAUGGGCGAAAGACCCAGAUGUCUGUACCAAAAUCCCAGAGUGGCAGAGUAUUUUUCUGUUUGAUUUUAGGUCUUAUCAACAUUCCGGCUGUGGCCUUUGGAAUAUUCUCAGGAGGACUGAUCAUGAAAAAGUUCAGAAUCAAUGUCCUGGGAGCUGCAAAACUUUCCUUGGGAUCAUCUUUCUUUGGUUACCUUUUGCUCCUUUCAUUAUUUGCAAUGGGCUGUGAGAACUCAGAUGUGGCUGGGCUAACUGUGUCCUAUCAUGGAACCAAACAGAUAACUCAUUAUGAGCAAGGUCUGUUUGCAGAGUGUAACUCAGGCUGCAUAUGUUCCAAAAAUGACUGGGAUCCUAUAUGUGGGGAAAAUGGAAUUACCUACAUUUCUGCUUGUCUUGCCGGAUGUCAGGCAUCCAACGGAAGUGGAAAAAGCACUGUAUUUUAUAACUGCAGCUGUGUGGGAAUUUUAGAAUCUUCUUCAAGAAGCUCCUCAGCCGUGGUGGGACCAUGCCAAAAAGGAAAGGAAUGUCCAAAAAUGUUUCUGUAUUUUCUGGUAGUAUCAGUUAUCACUUCAUAUACUUUGUCAGUAGGUGGCACACCUGGAUACAUACUACUUCUAAGGUGCAUUAAGCCACACCUGAAAUCAUUUGCACUUGGGAUCUAUACCCUGGCAGUAAGAGUGCUGGCUGGAAUUCCAGCCCCUGUGUAUUAUGGAGUGGCAAUAGAUACCACUUGCCUGAAAUGGGGAAGCAAAAGAUGUGGGGGAAGAGGAGCAUGUAGACUGUAUGAUUCAAGGGCACUCAGAUAUGUAUAUCUUGGACUGACUUUGGUGUUGGGCACCAUGUCCAUUUUCUUCAGCAUUGCAGUCCUUUGGAUCCUAAGGAAAAGGUCCACUCCACAAGACGAGACCAUCUCAGCCAGCAGAAGAGGCACUGGUUUGACAAAGAAGAGGAAAGAUAAUUUUGUCAAUAGUGACCAUCUAAUUCAGACAACUUACUGGCCAGAAAAGGAAACUAGACUUUAAGCAGAUUGAGAUUUUGACAGUGACUUUAUCUAGUGACUGGUUUUCCAGAUAAAAAAUGAUCAUUGAAG